AUGACACGCAGGCAGAGGAACUUCCUCUUGUUCGCUCCAAACAGCCGCCAGCGCGUGCAGAGCUGGUACAGCGUGCUAAGCCCAACCUACAAGCAGCGCAAUGAGGAUUUCCACCGCAUCUUCAAGGGGCUGCAUGAGGCCGAGCGCCUUCUCGUAGACUACUCGUGCGCGCUGCAGCGGGACAUCCUGCUCCAGGGCCGGCUCUACCUGUCUGAGACGCGGCUCUGCUUCUACAGCAACAUUUUCCGCUGGGAGACUGCGAUCUCCAUCCCAUUGAAGGAGGUGACACACCUGCGCAAGGAGAAAACGGCCAAGCUCAUCCCCAAUGCCAUCCUCAUCUGCACCAAGGCUGAGAAGCACUUCUUCACAUCGUUUGGUGCCCGAGACCGCUGCUUCGACCUGAUCCACGGGCUCUGGAUUAACGCACAGUUGGGCAAGACACUGUCGCCACGGGAGCUGCGGCGCAUUUUGCACCAGGGCUACGGCGCCGAGCUCGGCCUCACCAGCGAGGAUGAUGACUACGUGACCCCCACCCUGGGCAGUGCCAAGGAGGGUGACGACCCCGAGCUGAGCGACCCACAGCCAGAUGCCAGUCCCGAGCCGGGCCCACGGGGUGCUGGCCACUACCACAGCCCUCCCUCACCAGCCAGCAGCAGCGAUGGCACUGUCUCUGUGGUGGAGGAUGUGGAGGACCCAGCAGUCGGUGCAGCGGAACAGACAGUGACGCCAGUGCAAGACCCGCCCAAGCCUGAGGGGCCAGGGGACACCCCUCUGCCCACCCCCGCUCCUUCCCCGGGUGAUGUGGCGCCCAGUGAGGAGCUGCCAACUGACGUGAGCCGCUCCUGUUCCUCCUGUGCCUCCUCCUCCUCCACACACGAUGAAGGCGACGGGCCUCCUGGGCACUCAUUGCUUGGCCCCGCUGCCCUCCCGGAGCUGGGGAGGGAACCCAGGAGUCCUGGGCCCAGAUCAGAGCCAGUGCCCACAGCUGAGGUGGACUCCUUUUCGGACCUGCCUGGGCGGUUGCUGAUCAAUGCAGUGUACCACGUCGGCGCUGAGCGCCUGCAGCAGAUGCUGUUCAGCGACUCGCCCUUCAUGCGGGACUUCCUGGCCCAGCGCAAGUUCACAGACUUGACAUUGACAGCAUGGAGUGGCGAGAACAAGUGCCGUCAGAGCCGUGUGCUGUCCUACACCAUCCCUGUCACCAACCCGCUGGGCCCCAAGGCCGUUGCCGUGAUAGAGACACAGAACCUCUUUCGCCCUGGCACCCAGAGCGGGGCCUGCGCCGUGGACUCUGAGGUCAUCACGCAGGGCAUCCCCUACCAGGACUACUUCUACACCACGCACCGCUACUGCAUCAGUGCCCUGGCUCACAGCCGGGCCCGGCUCCGGGUUUCGUCGGAGAUCCGGUACCGCAAGCAGCCCUGGACACUGGUGAAAGCACUGAUCGAGAAGAACGCAUGGGGUGGCGUGGAAGAGUACUUCCAGCACCUGGAGCUGGCCCUGGCGCAGGCUGAGAAGGCACUGUUGGAGGAGAGCGGCUGUGGGAAGGAGCCACGGGGGCUGCGGCGCCGCAAACGCGCCUUGGCCUGGAGGCCACCCCACCACACCGAGGCCCCUGGGGCUGGCGCCCAGGGUGGACCACGCACCAUGCACCCCUCUGGCAGCUUGUCGGCACGGCUGACGGAGCAGGUGCUGGAGCGUGGGCCAGGCCACAGCAUCUCCACCAUCAUCCUCGUCAUCAGCCUGGUCCUGGUGGUGCUGGUCGUCCUCAACAUGCUGCUCUUCUACCGGCUCUGGGCACUGGAGCAGGCGGCGCGCACCGUGGAGGCCUGGCAGGCCUACGCCCUGGCCAAGGGGAAGCUGCCACAGACAUCGGCUGAGUGGGCUGAGGUCCUGGAGCUGCAGCGCCGGUUCCAGCGCGUCGAGGUGCAGAAGUGGCGCCAGAUCCUGCGUGCCUCCGUGGAGCUGCUGGACGAGAUGAAGCUGUCCCUGGAGAAGCUGCAGCAGGGCAUCGCCAGAGCUGAGCCAGAACUGGAGCCGCACCAGGACGGCGCCUUCUCCUGAGGAUGGGCCCCGGGGCCGGAGCCAGGCCUGGGACUUGCCGGCCCCGGGGUGUGGACCCCCUGGCCCCUGCCCCUGUGGCUGGGCUGUGCAGAGCUGCUCCCACCCAGACACUGGGGAGUGUCUCCUGCCCCCCUGCCUCCCACCCCAGCUGGUCUAGGGCGGGGGCAACCACUGUGGGUCUCCAGUCCCCCAUUAGGGAGCAGCUCCAUGCUGGGAGACAUACAGGGUUGAGGCCUCUACCAUCCCCCAGCCUGAAGCCCAGCCACCUGGGUUCUCCCUGCAGCUCUGGGGUGGGGGGGGAGCAGGAUGCCUGGUUUCGGGGGGUGGGGGGGGAGAUCUAGGCUCCUCUCCUUGAAGAGGAGCCAGGGGCUGGGACACCUGGGUUGCAUCCCCCCUGCGCUGCCAUCCUUGUGCUGUGCCUGGGGGGGCUGGGUCUGACGUCCUCCCUGUGCCAGGGGGAUUUGGCCUGGGAGUCAGUAUUAGGGCUCCACUUAGGGUUGGGGUCAAGGGUCAGAGGCCAGGGGUCGGCUGUGCCACAGGUGCUAUUUAUUAGAGACAAAUAAAGGGUGCAGAGGUGCCACCAGGACCCGCGUGUCUGCGUCCAUGUGUGCUGGCGGAGGCUAAGAGCCCAUGCAUGUCCUGGCCCCACAGCAGCACGCUGCAGUGUGGGGGGAGGCUGGGCUGGGGGAGCAGCGCUGUGCAGUGCGGAGGGGGCUGCUCGCUGGCGUGAUGCGAGGGC